AUGGCUCUCAUCGACAGAGUUCCCGGGGACUUGGAUCUCUACAUCGGUGGCAUGUUCACUCUUCGACGACGUGAAGCAUUGCAGCAGGCAAAUAUAACACAUGUUCUCUCUGUGUUGCGAACGCCACUAGAUCAGGAGCUCUUUUCACCGUUCAAGCACCAUGUCGUGGAAGUUGACGACGUCGAGGAUGAAAACCUGUUAGAACAGUUCCCUGCUACCAAUCAGUUCAUCCAAGAAGGGCUUGAUGGUGGUGGCGGAGUUUUGGUACAUUGCGCAAUGGGUAAAUCGCGAUCCGCCACGGUUGUUAUCGCCUACUUGAUGCAGAAGCACAACAUCACUCCCUUAGAAGCAUUAUCCCAUGUUCGGCAAGCCCGAUCAAUCGUCGAGCCAAACGAAGGAUUCUGGAAGCAGCUCGAGCUAUAUGGCGAUAUGCAGAUGCCCGAGAAUGUCGAAGAGACCCCAGCCUAUCAACGUUGGGUCUAUCAACGGCAGCUUGAGCUGAGUCGUGCAUGUGCGCAAGCCCCUGAGGCUGACAAGAUCCGAUUCGAAGACGAGCACGUCACAGAGCAGACGUCUGGCUUUGAAAUGAGGUGUCGUAAAUGCAGCAGACGACCACUUGCAACAUCGCAAUAUCUCACAUCGCACAGCCAAGACACGUCGAAGACCAAAUGUGCGCACUACUUCGUCGACCCUCUAUCCUGGAUGCGCCCCGAACUUGAACAGGGCAAGCUGGAAGGUCGGAUCGAAUGUCCGAACUGCCAUUCUAACGUAGGAAAGUAUGCGUGGCAGGGAAUGCAGUGCAGCUGUGGAGACUGGAUGGUGCCGGGGAUCAGCCUUGCCAAGGGAAGAAUCGACGAAGCAAGAAAAGGUGGAGUCAGUAGCAUCCGUCGCCCACCAGGAGCCCCCGGAGCCCCUCUUCCAAAUCAAAACGCGGGACUAGAGAACUUGUGA